AUCACUUGUACCAGAAUGUUGGCCAGCGUGGGACCUCACUGUCUGCAUCUUUGGAUGAUAUAUUUUACGGGGUUCAUUGAACCAUCUGUCAACGUAACACAACUCCCUAAAAUCGCCAACAUCUUGAAGGGUGAAAAUAUUUCCUUUGACUGUUCCCUUUCCUCCUUGCCGGAGGGUCCCCGCGUUGACAUAUAUUGGUGGAAAAAUGGUGAAAAUAAUUAUAUCAACCCAGACCAUGACGCCAGAGAAUUGACCGGCUUCAGCACUAAAUUCAGCGGCUUCCUGCAGAUAGUCAACGUGCGUCCACAAGAUGCGGGAGUCUAUUAUUGUACAAUCGCCCAUCAGGGCACAAUAAUUGGCAACGGAACUGGGUCAACUUUAGUUGUGUUGGUUCCUCCAACUCCAUUGAACAUUUACUCCGGAGAUCCAGAGAAAUCGGAAGCCUUGGCUAUUCUGUGCAAUACAUCUCCCUUUUACCCAAUGGAUAUCAGUCUCACCUGGUAUAAAGAUGGCAGCAAAAUUACAACCGGUUCACCUGUUACCACCUCCACUUCGGAUGGGCUAUAUGAAGCAUCCGGCAGAUUGUCAGUGACACAGGUUGUGCCAACCGGGACAGUCUACACCUGUCUGGUAUCUCACGUCACCCUCCGGGUUUCUGCACUAGCCACUUACAUCGUCAUCAACAACAGCACAGGAGCUAGUAUUAUCCGUGAUGUCAUGACCUCCAUAUGUGCAUUGAGCGGUUUGGUGUCUAUAUUGCUGGUCUUUCUCAUUGCGAAGCGAUGCAUUACAAGGAAAAAUAAAGGCACGCAAAAGGAGGAAGAAACAUCCGAUCAAUUCAGGUCUACAAGCGAGGCGAUGGUGUCUUACGCUGCACUAGAUUUUACCAAAUCCCGGAAAGUUCCAGGGUCCGUGAAUCAAGAGAGGACGGUCUACGCGCAGUCUACAAGCGAGGCGAUGGUGCCUUACGCUGCACUAGAUCUUACCAAAUCCAGGAAAGUUCCAGUCUUCGUAAAUCAAGAGAGGACAGUCUACGCGCAGACCAAGCAGAGGCCGCCUGAUAGGAACUUCACCUACGCCCGUAUCGCCGUAGCAAAGACCAAGAAAGAAGAAAUUGUUUAUCAUAGGGAGACCGACACAGUCGAUUCACAGCCGAGAAAAAAUCAAAGUGUCGAAGUUAUCUAUUCGGAACAGAAUCCCAAGGACUAAACGUGCCAAACCUGGAAUCUGUUUUACCUGAUUGAAUUUUAACUGCAAUGCCCCUUGCUGGACAACAAGAAACAAGCAGUACACCUAAGUGGUACAAGAAUAUGUGUCAAUUUACCAAAGUGAAGCCCUUAUUGCAAGUCGAAGUUUCCAAACGACUGAUCCCGCUCGUGGCCUUAUAUCCAGCGGAUGAAACCGGUUGCAGUACUUUGCCAAAGUUACGAUCCUCCAGUAGAUUUCGGUAUCCAUCCGGUUGAUAGCUUAUGGUCUGCAUCCCAGAGUGCUUAAGGAAGGAGCCCAAGAAAUAGUGGAUGCAUUAGUGAUAAUUUUUCAAAACUCUUUAGAUUCUGGACUGGUUCCUGAGGACUGCAGGGUGGCUAAUGUAACCCCGCUUUUUAUAAAAGGAGGGAGAGAUAAACCGGGGAAUUAUAGACCGGUUAGCCUAACAUCGGUGGUGGGGAAAAUGCUACAGUCAGUUAUCAAAGAUGUGAUAACAGCACAUUUGGAGAGCAGUGAAAUCAUUGGACAAAGUCAGCAUGGAUUUUUGAAAGGAAAAUCAUGUCUGACGAAUCUCAUAGAAUUUCUUUGAGGAUGUAACUAGUAGAGUGGAUAGGGGAGAACCAGUGGAGGUGGUAUAUUUGGAUUUUCAAAAUGCUCUUGACAAGGUCCCACACAGGAGAUUAGUGUGCAAACUUAAAGCACACGGUAUUGUGGGUAUAGUAUUGAUGUGGAUAGAGAAUUGGUUGGCAGCAAAGAGUGGGAAUAAACAUGGCUUUUCAGAAUGGCAGGCAGUGACUAGUGGGGUACCGCAUGGCUCAGUGCUGGGACCCCAGUUGUUUACAAUAUAUAUUAAUGACUUAGACGAGAGAAUUAAAUGCAGCAUCUCCGAGUUUGCGGAUGACACGAAGCUGGGUGGCAGUGUUAGCUGUGAGGAGGAUGCUAAGAGGAUGCAGGGUGACUUGGAUAGGUUGGGUGAGUGGGAAAAUUCAUGGCAGAUGCAAAUUAAUGUGGAUAAAUGUGAGGUUAUCCACUUUGGUGGCAAAAACAGGAAAACAGAUUAUUAUCUGAAUGGUGUCCGAUUAGGAAAAGAGGAGCUGCAACAAGACCUGGGUGUCAUUAUAGACCAGUCAUUGAAUGUGGGCAUGCAGGUACUGCAGGCGGUGAAAAAGGCGAAUGGUAUGCUGGCAUUUAUAGCGAGAGGAUUCGAGUACAGGAGCAGGGAGGUACUACUGCAGUUGUACAAGGCCUUGGUCAAACCACACCUGGAGUAUUGUGUGCAGUUUUGGUCCCCUAAUCUGAGGAAAGACAUUCAUGCCAUAGCGGGAGUACAAAGAAGGUUCACCAGAUUGAUUUCUAUGAUGGCAGGACUUUCAUAUGAUGAAAGACUGGAUCGGCUAGGCUUAUACAGGUUGGAAUUUAGAAGAUUGAUGAGGGAUUUUAUUUAAACGUAUAAAAUCCUAAAGGGAUUGGACAGGCUAGAUGCAGGAAGAUUGUUCCCGAUGUUGGGGAAGUCCAGAACGGGUGGUCACAGUUUGUGGAUAACGGGAAGCCUUUAAGGACGGAGAUUAGGGAAAACGUCUUCACACAGACAGUGGUGAAUCUGUGGAAUUCUCUGCCACAGGAAACAGUUGAGGCCAGUUCAUUGGCUAUAUUUAAGAGGGAGUUAGAUAUGGCCCUCGUGGUAAAGGGAUCAGGGGGUAUGGAGGGAAGGCAGGUACAGGGAUCUGAGAUGGAUGAUCAGCCAUGAUCAUUCUGAAUGGCGUUGCCGGCCCGAACGGUCGAAUGACCUACUCCUGCACCUAUUUUCUAUUUUUCUAUGCUUCUAUGGUAUUUCAAUAUGCAUCUACUAUGUUUUGUAACUGUAAACAGUUAAUUCGUCAUCGGAUCGCAAACGCGUGAGCACAGGUGAAAUGUGAGACGUUUGAAUGGAUCGGAAACGGAGGUUACUCAUACUGAGGACAUUUAGAAAUGGGUUAGAAACUAAACGGGGCGGGUAGUGUUGAGGAAACAGGCAGGCUGCAGAAGGACAGACAGAUUAGGAGAAUGGGCAAGAUAGUGGCAAAUGAAAUUCAGUGCUGGAAAUUUGCAUGGUCAUGCACUUUUUUAGAAGAAAUAAAUGUACAGACUAUUUAUAAACGGGGAGAAAAUCAAAAAAUCUGAGGUGUAAAGGGAUUUGGGAGUCCUUGUGCAGAACAACCUAAAUAUUAACUUGUAGGUUGAGUCGGUGCUGAGGAGGCAAAUGCAAUGUUAACAUUCAUUUCAAGAGGUCCAGAAUAUAAGAACAGGGAUGUGAUGCUGAGGCUUUAUAAGGCAUUGAUAAGGCCUCACCUUCAGUAUAAUGAACAGUUCUGGGCUCCUAGACCAAGGAAGCAUUGGAGAGGCCUCAGAGGAGGUUCACACGAAUGAUUCAGGGAGUGAAAGGAUUAUCAAACGAGGAACGUUGGAUGCCUCUGGGUCUGUACUCGCUGGAAUUCAGAAGUAUGAUGGGGGAUCUCAUUGAAACCUUUCGAAUAUUGAAAGGCCUAGACAGAGUAGAUGUGGAAAGGAUGUUUCCCAUGGUGGGGGAGUCUUGGACAAAAGAAUAGAGGGGCGUACACUUAAAACUCCAGAGAUGCGGGAAAAUGCCUUAGGCCGGACGAUGAAGAAUUUGUAGAAUUUGUUACCGCAGACAGCUGUGGCGGCCAGGUCGCUGGGUGUACUACCGCAAAGCUUAAUAGGUUAUUGCUAGAGCACAGUAUCUAAGUUUAUAGGGAUGAUUCGGGGAGGGAAACGAUUAUCAAACUUUCCAAACCACCACUCUACCCCGACAUCCAAGUCGUUAAUAAAAAUCACGAAAAGAAGAGGUCCCAGAAUACAUCCUUGUGGGACACCACUAGUCACAACCCUACAAUCUGAAUGUACUCCCUCCACCACGACUCUCUGCCUUCUCCAGGCAAACCAAUUCUGAAUCCACUUGGCCAAACUUCCCUGGAUCCCAUGCCUUCUGACUUUCUGAAUAAGCCUACCUUGUGGAACCUUUUCAAAUGCCUUCCUAAAAUCCAUAUAGAUCACAUCCACCGCACUACCCUCAUCUAUAUGCCUGGUCACCUCCUCAAAGAAUUCUAUCAGGCCUGUUAGACACGAUCUGCCCUUCACAAAGCCACGCUGACUGUCCCUGAUGAGAUCGUGAUUCUCUAAAUGCUCAAAGAUCCCAUCUCUAAGAAUCUUUUCCAAUAGCUUGCCCACCAUAGACGUAAGGCUCACUGGUCUAUAAUUACCCAGACUAUCCCUACUACCUUUUUUGAAGAAGGGGACAACAUUCGGCUCCUUUCAUUCCUCCGGUACCAUUCCGCUGGACAACGAGGACAUAAAGAUCCUAGCCAGAUGCUCAGCAAUCUCUUCCCUCCGCUCAUGGAGCAGCCUGGGAAAUAUUCCGUCAGGCCCCGGGGACUUAUCUGUCCUAAAGUAUUUUAACAACUCCAACACUUCCUCUCCCUUAAUAUCAACAUGCUCCAGAACAAUUUCGUGUGUGUUGUUUGGAUUUCCAGCAUCUGCAAAUUUCCUCUUGUAUGUGAUAUAACUCUAUGACACAUACUGGCAGACGGCACUGCCUGUCUACGCUGAAACUUAGAAUCGUGCAGUGCAGAAACAAGCUAUUCGGCCCAACUCAUCUUUGCCUACUCUCCAUAGUUUUCCAUCUCCCAAUACGUGGGCUGUAGCUUUCUAUUUUUCAUUCUGUAAAAACAAGCAGAUGCAGUGUAUUUACCUUUAUGCUGUAUAAAUUAGUCUUGUUACUUUAAAAUCUGUGCUUAGAUUUUACUGAACUGUAAGUCAAAAUUUAAAUUAGUAAUUCAGACAAGAGAGAACCAAAAUAAA